AUGCCUCGCGCGGCGCCCGAUCGCGCCGAGCUCGAGGAAGAUGACAUAGAUUUCGAUGAUCUGCGCAUACGCAAGCCUCCACCGCAGUGGACGACGACGGCGACCAUCACGAGCGUCGUCGCUUGGGGCGCCCUGGCUGCGCACAACGUGAUCGCCAUGCCGAAAAUCGACGGCGUCGCCAACGUGAGCUUCGAGCGCGUCUCCUCGUCGUCGCGAUUCGUUCCAAAGGCCGCGCUGUUCGCGUUACGAAUGGGGACGUUCGCGUUCGGGGUGUUUUUCUUCUGCUAUCACAUGGUUUACGAGCACUCGAUGCAGGUUCGAAAGACGGAUGGGUUCGACUACCUGAGCGACUGGACGAUUUUAUUGUUGUUCGUCUUAGAGGGAGCGCUGGGGAUGAACAUGUAUAGAACUGAGCGAGAAGAGGGGGAAUUAGACGGUUUGACAAAUGUUUUAGUGAUCGCGUACGGCGUUGCGUGGACGACGAACGUGUUAUCGAGCGCUGGAGCGUGGUACUCGUUCUUCGCGUUUCCGAUGUGUCGGGCGCUCGAGGGCGUGGACAACUAUCCCGAUUGCUACCUCGAGUGGUACCGCCUGGUCGAACACGCCGGGAAUAUGGUCGUUUUACUCCUUGAGUUUUUACUCGGCGCCUUACCCAUGCGUCGACGAGACUUCGGUUGGUCCAUCCUCUUCGUUCAGGCGUACGUCUUCUUUUGCUGGUAUCGAUUCUACGCCACGGGCAAAGCCGUGUACGUCAUGUUUGAUUUCGCCAAAAGUUUCGAAAGUUUGGCUUGGCACAACCUCGUCUUCUUCGCCACGACGUUGAUUUUCUUCGUCUGUCUCAAGUUCCACCAGCACAAGGGAUAUCGCACCGCCGCGCACGUGCGCGCCGCCGGUCCCUUUGUCAUCGCUCGCGUGCGCGGCGACGACGUCGACGUCGCCGAGCGCGCGUCGCUCGUCCAAAAGUAG